AUGCUGACAGCAAAGGAGCAGCAGGAGGAGCAGCUGCGGGAGCUGCAGCGGCGCUACCAAGCCAUAGAGGCUGAGCAUCAUGCGACAGCAGAGUCUACUCAGCGGACGCUGCAGUCUAACCAUUAUUCGCUGCUGCAGCUGCGAGCAGAAAACCAUUAUUUGCUGCAGCACUUAAAAGAACUGAAGACGCAGACAAUCCUCAGCAACGCACAGCACCUUGAAAGGAAGGUCAGCAGCAAAGCAGCAGCAGCAGUGCAGCAGCAGCAGAUAGUGCUAAUGCAGCAGCAGGUAGUGCAGCAGCAAGUGCAGCAGCAGCAGCAGCGAAUACAGCAGCAACAGCAACAACAGCUAAUGCAGCAGCUUAUGAAUCAGCUAAUGGAGCAACAGCAGCUCAUGCAGUACGUAAACGAGGAGGUAUCGCGGCUAAGGACGCAACUAGACAAACAAAAAAAUAAAAAUGCUAUGCUGAGGCAGCGUCUUGAACAACUGCAAGAUAAACUCAAGGAGUUGGAGUUGCAAUCUGCUAAACCCUGCACUGAGGACUCCCCCGAAAUUCGCUCUAUGCGAAUCAUUGAGGGGCGUCUGGACCAGGCGUUGAUAGAGUUGAAUGAAGCGAACGCAGUGCGGGCGACUUACGAGCAAAUUGCCAGCAGAUUAAAGACAGAAAGAAUCGGGCUUCAUAAACACCUAGAAGCAAUCGAAGCAAACCUUAAGGCAGAGCUGCACCGUCUAACGAAAGCGCUUGAUGAGGACAGACAGAAAAGAGGAGCGGAGGUCAGGGAAAAGCAAACGGUUAUACGCCAGUGGAUGAGAGAAGCUGCUGCAAUUCAAGAGGCCGCCGCUCGAUCGGCAGGCGCAGCAGGAGGUUUAGGAGCAGCAGGAGGUGCAGCAGCGGCAGCAGCAGCAGCAGAGAGCCCCCGUGGAGGAGAAGAAGCAGCAAAAUGCGAAGCAGCAGCAAGACUGCUUAAAGCUGCUUCAGGCCGCAGCGACCCAAACGAAGUUGUCGAGGCCUUCCUCGCCCAAAGCCAAACCUAUGAGCAACUACUCGCACUCGCAAGAAAACUUGAAGAGCGAAGGUUUGCCUCUGUUUGCUCCGGGGUGGUGCGAGGAGACCUGCCUGCUGAAGCAGCAGAAGCUCAAGCUGCUGCAGCAAAGCAGCAGCUGCAGCAGGAGCAGCAGAAGCAUCAGCGGACGCAGCAGCUGCUCUCUGAACUGCAUGCAGGCGUUGGCUUCCUUACAAGGAAGCUAUCAGCUGCGCAGCAAGAAAUCCCAAAGGAAGAACAAGCAGCAGCAGCAGAAGCAGCAGCAGAAGCAGCAGCAGAAGCAGAAGCCGCGACUACAGAAGAGACACCUCAGACCCAAGAGAACGACGAGCAGCAGCAGCAGCAGCAACACGAACAGAGCGAAGCAGAAGCAGAAGAAGAAAAGGCAAAUGAUGAAGCUGCUGCUGCUGCUGCUGCUGCUGCUGGAGAGAAAGCAGCAGACCACUCGGAUGAAGCAGCAGCAGCAGCAGCAGACGAUCCAGCAGCAACAGCAGCAGAUGACCCAGCAGCAGAAGCAGCAGCAGCAGCGGAAGACUCAGAAGCAGCAACGAACGAUGAUACCCAAACAGCCUCAUCCAGCGCCGAAGCUGUAGACCCAUAG